UACCGGAAACGUCCCUGUGCUCUUACAGUUUCUUGCUUUUUCUCGGUUUUAUUUCCCAGGAGGUUCUGUUGGUGCUUCCCUCAGUAAGCUGCGGCUGCCUGGGUUGCCAUGUUCCCCUGCACCUCCAGCCAGGGGCCAGAAGGCUCUCUCCCAUCUGGGGCCAGCUGCAAGCCCUGGCAUGAGCAGGUCACUCCGGUUAUGCGCGAUGAACUUGCUCAUAAAUUCGUCCUAGCCAUAUUGCCUAUUCGUGACCCUGCAGCACUGAAGGAUCGACGGAUGGAGCAGCUGGUGGCAUAUGCUCGGAAGGUGGAAGGCGACAUGUAUGAAUUGGCAAAUAGCAGGGCAGAGUACUAUCAGCUGCUAGCUGAGAGGAUCUAUAAGUUUCAGAAGGAGUUGGAGGAAAAGCGAAGAAUCAGGCUGCAGAAGCAAAACAUGAUACCAAAUGCACCAGGCAUGCCACAGGCUCCCAUGAAUCAAGGGCCCAACAUGGGACAGCCUCAGCCAGGAAUGUCUGCGACCCCGGAGGAUUGUUUUGGAAACCUGAACCUGGAGGACCCCACACGCUACUGAAAUUUGCCAAUCAAGUUGCACACAUUAGGCUCUGCAAGCUCGCCACCACCAUACCUCUGUAACUCCAGAGGGUGUAGCUUUUGCAUGGAAGAGAAUCAGUGCUAGAGAUAUGGAGAGAGACUUGUUUCUUUCCUUUUCUUGACAGUGAGCUGGGAUAAGGGAUGUUUUUAGCAGUAUGACUAAGACCACAGUGCUUCUCCACAGGGAAAAAAUAACCCAAAGGGGCAGACUCGUACUAUGAAGAAGCUAUGCUAUAAACGCACACAAGCUUUAAAAUAAAUCGCACCGCUUUUUACCAAC